UCAAGCAGUUGUCAGUUGCGCCCGUGGUUGCACCGUUGCUCGCCAGUUUUUAGCGGGCUUAGGCCUACGAGUCGACGCCGCUGCCGAAAGAGCCGCGCACUACGCGCACUGUCGGUUCUAGUUGUGCCGCGCUGCGUUUUUGGUUAAAUAAUUAUUGUGCGAAGCACGAGUCCCUGUAGUGACUAGUCUUUUACGCAAGGUGGUUGUUGAUCGUUCUUGAGGACACACUCGUCGAGGCGGUGAGACCUUCCUUUGCCAGAAUGUCUGCGAAACAGUCAUUCAACGUUGGAGAUCGCGUGUUUGCCAAGGUGCGCGGGUACCCGCCGUGGCCUGCUAGGGUUGAAGAUUGUAUCGGAGACAAAUCAAAGCCCAAGACCCAAAAGUACUCGGUACUCUUCUACGGCACAUAUGAGACGGCGACUCUGGCGCCGAAGGACUUGUUUUCCUACAAGGAUUUCAAGGACAAAUACGGCCAACAGCAGAAAAGGAAGUUUUUCAACGAAGGUCUCUGGGAAAUAGAGAACAAUCCUAAUGUCACACCACCUGGAUUAGGGGGGUCUGGCAGCAAAGCUUCUGGGAAAAAGGAGGUCAAGGAGGCAGCGCCACCUGAAAGUGAGGAGGAAGAAGAGAAGGAGGAGUCUGAGUUGGUCAUUGACGAAAAGCCAUCAAAAAAUAAGCCUGAGCCACAGCCUGUAAAGAAAAGGGGAACCAAAAGAGCAUCAAAGGACUCCACAGACGACCAGAACGCUGGGGAAGGAGAAACGCCCAAAAGACGGGCCUCUCGGUCUAAGGAUUCCGCAGCCAAGGCUACCCCAAGCCGCAGUCGCAGUGGCCGCAAGAUAAAGCGCAAGAAGUUCAGCUCUGAAAGCGAAGGGGAGGAGGGUGCUGAGCCCACUGAUGCUGUGGAAGAGGACAACCACAAAGGGGCCAGUGAAGAGGAAACCCCGCUGCCACCUGAAGAGAAUGAUGAAGAACCACCAGCUCCACCAUCACCACCACCAGCCAAGGAAGAGCCCCCUACUCCAAAAGAGACGUCACACCGUGGGAAAAAAGGGCGACACCACCACAAGGAGAAAAACGAGGAGCCCGCUCCCGAAGUCGCAGUGCCGCCCGAACCUGAGCCACAGGAGGAGAAGAUGGACGAAGUCGAAGACCAGCCCAUUGAAGCUCCCAGCACAAAGCCGCCGAAGAAGUCUAGCCGACGACGGGACAAACACGCAAGCGCUGAAUUAGCUGCCGCCAAAGAAAACACUGACCAAACUAAAGAAAACGACAUUACUGCUGAGCCUUCGGUUCCCACAGAAGCCAAUGAAGUUGAGAAGGAAGAGGAAGACGAAGUUCCGCCGACAGCUCCAGCAGAGCCACCCAGCAGUCCCUCUCCAAAGAAGAGAUACCGAUCAAAGUCAUGGUGGGAAUCAAGAACCAAGAUGAGGCGAAGAGACUCUGAUACAAAAAGCAGCUCGGAUUCUGAGACUGAGGACGGCUCUGCAGCUCAUGUGCGACUGUCUCCACCAAAGAAGCGCCGGGGAAAUAAGGCUUCAGCAGACAGGCAUCCCCAGCAGAUCCCCGUAGUGGUGCUUCGUGAUGUAUCUGAGAUGAUGGGCACAAGUAGAGGAACUUCCUUCACUGUGGAACAAAGCAAUGGAGUGGUCACCUCUGUCACACACCAGGAUGGUCUCAAGGAAGCAACUACAGCUUUUGAAAAGCUGCAGAAGAAAAUAAGUAGCAACCCGUUAGAAAAUUAUGAGCGAAAGUUGAGGCACUAUGAAGAAAAUGGGAUUCGGACUUCAAACAAGAGCGACGAGUUCAGCAGGUUCCUAAGUGUCCUGAACAAGUACAUCCACGAGCACCAGAAACGGGAUGAGCAACUCACGGAAGUUAUUACGCGUGUCUGCAACCUGUUCAAGAUCUGAAAACCUGUGUUUCCAUUCGUCAUCUUUCUCGCCAUCUCCUCACCUGCUUUCACUAUGCGCUUUUUUUUUUUUUUUUCUCUCUCUCUCUUCUCUCUACUUCGCCAGACAGAGCUCUGUUUUGUUCCCCUUUCAGACAUUACAUUUCUCACAGAAUUGAACCGCUUACAGUUUGGUCAACCACAGAAAUGAGUGUAUUCAACUUUGUGGCAUCCGAUAUGUUAUGCUAAGGCAUGUCCCAGACGGCUCCCUCCACAUAUGUUGCCAUCAUUUACGCAGCGUUUGCUGUUUUCUCGUGUUCCUUGGUUGUUUUCGUCCUAUUCUUCGGGUUCUUUUCAACGAAAUUGUUUACAUCUGCUUAGACACUGCACCAGAGCUGCAAGUGCUCAUUUAUUCUGGGCCUUGUUCUGUUCUGGGACCAGCUAGUCUUUUUGUUUGAUUUUGCCGCAGCUUGCAGUUUUAGUGCGCAACAAAAAAGGACUGCUGUUUUCAUAUUCACAUCAUAUUCUUACCUUUAUUUUUGUGGUACAUGUGUACUAGUAGUGUCUCAUUUGCUUUCUCACGCCCUCACUUUUAUGCCAUGUGAAAUGCAGCUCGUUGCCACUCAGUUCAUUUCUUCUCAUUUUAAUCAACAAAUAGAAUUACUUGGUGCCAUAACAUCUUUGAGUUCAUUUGCACAAAACCAAGGCUCUCUUGUGAAUAGUUGUCAUUUUACCAUUUUAGUACAAUUCCGUUGAGGCAUUAGUGUCAUACCUGUUUCGUUUUCAGUUGUGUGUUUUGUUACUGAACUAAUCACUGUUGCAGAAAGCACCUUUCGCGUGAAAUUCUUAUCACCUGAGUUGACCUAUUCAAGGUUGAACCAUUAAAGUUUGUUGCUUUUGCCAUGUUAAAUAUGUGAGGGGAACUGGAAUUGAAACUUACUCUGCCAGAGAUUUUGUUUUUGGAAUUGGUUGAGAAUCCUUACUUAUUGUACUUUGCAGAAUCUUGCAUUUUACAAAUUCUGUUCUUGUAACAGAAAGUGAGGUUUGCUUUUGAGGUGCAAAGAUGUCUUCCCUCUUCCCAGAGCAUGGCGUCGAGAAAACUGGCAAAGCCAAUGUCUUGUAUUUAUGUAGCCCUGCACAAUUCUCACAAUUUCAGCGAGGCUGUUGUCAGCGCUUCCUUCUUUUUAUCAACACUGUAUGUUCUCUGAAAUAAAACAGUUCAUGAGAAAA